AUGACGCCCACUAGACCCGUGGUCACCGAUGACCAUUUCGAGGAGAAUUGUGUUUCUCCGACAUCAAAAGUGGGAUCGGUGCAGGCACAAAACGCGGAUAAAUGGAUCGAGGCGAACGACGGUUUGCGCGCUUUUUAUUUGAGGCGCAGUAAAAUAACAUGCGACUACUUGUGGAGGCGCUACGCAAUUCGCCGGCUAUCUAGGACAAGAAUAUUGGAUUGCCUGAAUUCCACUCCGAAAAUGCAGACACUGAUGCCCGAGCCUGGCUAG